AUGGAAGAUUAUGAAUAUGAUGAAAUUUUACAAAAAUUACCUUCACAUAAGAUAUAUAAUGAAUUGAAUAAUGUGGAUAAUAAUGUAGUAAUUAGUAGCGUUUGUAAAAGAGAGGAUUACAAAAAAUGCGGUGAUAUAGAUACUUGUCUUAACAUAUGUAAAAAGAUUGAAAAAAAUUUAAAAUAUUUAUCUGAAAUACGUAAAUCAGAAGUCUAUUAUAAUCGAUGUUCACAUUAUAUGUACUGGGUAUAUAAGGAAAUAUGGAACUUAUUUAAAUCUAAUUCAAAUCCUAAUAAUGUGGAAGCUGUUAUUACUGAAUUUCUUAAUUUACAAUCUUCUCUUACUAGAUAUUAUGGAAUAUUAAAUUGUCAUUAUAUUUUUUCGAAAAAAAGCUUAGAAGUAUUGAAAACUAAAAAUGAAGAGAAACAUUUGUUUGAUUAUUUUAAAAAUUUUGAAUAUAUUAGAACUAAAGAAACUUGUGAUAAAGUUAAGAUUGAUAAAUAUAUAAAGUACCUUAAUUAUAUUCAUGGUUUAUAUAAUGGAAAAAAGAAUUGUUGUGUGAAAAACAUAUCAAAGUGUCCAAACUAUUUUUUGAAUUGCGGUAAUGAGCUUGAUCCAAGUAAACUUCUAUCUGAAUUACAUUCUGAAAAAGAGAAAGAUUGCGGUAGACUAAAAAGUAUUAUAAGUAAUACUUCUGAAGAAAAACGUGAUUCUACGCCAUUCAGUGAAGAAUUCAUGAAGUCAAUUUAUAUAACUCGAUGUCCUAUAUUGAGUAGUGGGGAAUCUUCAUCAAAUAAUAGUGGUGUGUUAUGUAAUUUAUUCCGAACAUAUAUGAAUCCACGUCGCAAUGUGAAUGAAACUGGAAAAACGGUACAAGAGCUUCGUGAAAAUAUUUCUUCAGAAGCUCAGGUAGAAAUAUCCAGUACAUCUUUAUCAGAAGCUCCAUCUGAAAAAAAUAAGAAAAAAGAGGGCGAUAGUAUUACAGAAAAAAUAAAUUUAAUAUCAUCUGAUGAAAAGGCAGAUAAUGCAUUUAGAUGGAAUUUUGGAAAAGGAAAACUGAGUUGUCCACCUAAUAAACCAGAGGACGAUGAGUAUGGAAUGUGCGAAUAUAUGGAAGAAUUGGUUAAAGAUGGUUUUUUUGCGAAAGCAGAAGAUUCUGAGGGUUAUGAAUUUAAGAGGGGCCCGUUAUGGAAAUAUGAAUACUUGGCAAGUGCAACUAGAAAUAAACGACAUGAACAUUUAGGGAAAUCGAGAUCAUUAAUUUUGAAGGAUUAUGGACGUUCACAAUCUAUAUUCCAUAAAAGAGCAGAGACUUUUUAUGCUUCAAAUUCAAGCAGAAAAGCAAUUCCUGGAAAAGAUACCGAAUAUAAUAUUUUGCAGAACACUUUUGUUCGUAUUUCCAUUGUGAGUACUUUGUUUACUCCCUUUGGAUCAUAUGUAGGUAAAAAUAAAAAAAGAAAAAAAAGAUAUAGGAUUAAUUUAGCUCAAUUAAAUACGCAAAGAAUACCAAGGAGAUUUAUAAAACGUAGUUAUAGACAUUCUGAUAGGAGAAGGUUUAGUGUAGUAAAUUUACAACCAUGA